GAUCAAUCAUUAUGUAAUCAAAUAAUUUUGUAGAUCUGAUUAACGUUACAAUUGUUAUUUUUGUUAUUUAUAUUAUUUAUGUUAUUUUUAUUAUUUUUAUUAUUUCUUUUAUUUAUUACAUUUAUUUUAUUUACUUUAUUUAUUUUAGUUAUAUUAUUUUCUUUAUAUUUUAUUUUUAUAUAAAUAUCUUUUGAUUUUUCUUAAGUUAAAGUGUGUGUCAGUGUGUCAGAUAGAUAGAAAAUAGAUAGUAUAAGUUAGGGAUUAACUUGUAUUAACUAUUUAAUAAACUCUUAUAUUAAAAACGAACUGUGAUUGUGUUAUAUUUUGCGUAUUGUGUUUUUGCGUGUCUUGCUGAUAUAAACUACGUUAUAGCUAUUGACUCCCUAACGUUUAGUUAUAGUUGACAGAGUCUGAGACGGACCUGUUAACAAAGUGGUGAUUCCUGCCAGGUCAUAAGAGAUUUAUGACCAUACAAGAUCAUUUCGAACAACAAUUACAAUUAACUACUCGCCAUACUGCUCAACAUCUUUCAAAUAUAAAUCCACCUACUACUGUAGAUCAUUCUUGUCGUAUCUGUUAUCCUCCACCUCUUGUUUUACCACCUGCCUUUCAAAAUUUCUGGAAUUGGAUUAGUAACUACUUCUUUGCAGUUAGUUAUACCUCCUACACUAUAAGGGCUUUACCUAUCUUCUGUCAAGCAUUUCAAUUAGAUAACAAUAGAAUCAAAGGACUCCAAGUUUUAAUCCUAUCUAGUAAACUACUUUUUAGUAUUAGAUACCAGCAAAGACCUGAUCCUAUCAGAAAUCUAGUAUUUUUCUUCUUCAAUCUUACUCAUAGAACAAACUAUUUUAAUAAUCCUGUUACACCUCAAUUAGUUGCUCAACUUAACACUGAUAUCCAAACUGAAAGAAAUAAUAACCCUAAUAAUCUCAUAGAUAACCCUCCUGUUUAUAAUCAAAAUAUGGCUGACGAAGCUGCUAUCACCAAUGCUUUGCAAACUGUUUUUGACCUUUUUAAAAAAUAUUUUGCAAAUGAUACUCGCAAAAAUAAAUGGUAUCAGGAAUUACUCACCUUAAGACAAGGUAGUAAUGAAACAGUAGAUGAUUAUGCCGCUAAAUUCCAAAGGUUAUUAAAGAGAGUUGAUACUACCAAUGCUAUUCCUGAUGCUCAGAAAAUUAGAAUGUUCCUUUUUGGAUUAACUCCUACUAUCACUCCUAUGGUACAUUUACAAGAUGCUAAUACUUUAUCUGAUGUCAUUGGUAAUGCAAGAAAAGUUGAAACUGGAUUAAAUUACGCACAUUUAGGACCAAGUGUUACUGGAAUUGCUACUAAAAGAUUGAGAAGACCCCAACCAAGACAAAAUAUCAAUAUUCCAAUGGAUGAAGUUAUUGAAACAACUGCUACUCCUGCUGUUCCACCAAAAAGAACUGUUAAAAUAACCCCAAGAAUGCCCUCAAUUAUUGAACAGAUGCCUCUUUAUCUCAUUUCAGAUGACAUAUUAAAUAUGCCAUCUUCAGCAAAGAUUGGACAACUUUUGAAAUAUAACGACCAAAAGAAAGAUUUUGCCAGAAUUUUGAGAAGACCACCUAAGACUCAAGAAACUAACUAUGUAUAUAGAAUCUCUGAUUCUGAAGAAUGUGAUACUAGAGACACCACUGCUGUGAAAUGUGCAGUGAGAAUUAAAGGAGAUCCUGUUUAUGCAAUUUUAGAUUCAGGAGCUGCUGUUUGUGUUAUCACCAAAUCUCUUGCUCGAAAGUUGAGAUUGGAAAUCACUAAACCCUCCAACACUAUUGUAGUCACUGCGGAUGGGACAAGAAACAGAGCCUUAGGACAAAUAGAAAAAGUACCUAUACAAUUAUUGGCGAAGAAAAGAAUAUUUAUGAAGUACAAAAUGAUGGAUAUAGUAGACCACUAA